AUGGGCGAGAUAUUCGAGAUAGAGGACCUUGAGCGAUGGCUUCAAGAGAUCAGAGGGCAGUCAAGCGAUCGGCCUUGCCGUCUUGUGCAGGAGAGCUUGGCCAAGAGACUCAUCGCCGCUCUGUACGAAGGCAACUUCGACGUGAUGAAAGAGCUCUGCGCUCCCGACGUCAUGCUACUCGCGGAUCUAAAAGGGCCUGGUCAGAUUUUCUACGGCCCGUCAGAGAUCGACGAUUACCGCUAUGACAACCCUGGCUAUGUCCGCGAAAAGAUGGCCAUUGUCGAUCGCCUUCGUGUUACGACCGCAGUUGAGUUCUUUUCGAAGAGAGCACAUGGCAAGGCCUUCAAGCAACGCAGACUUAUUAUCUUGGACAUGAACAACGAUCACAAGGUCAUUCGUAUCGAGAUGAGACCCGUUGGUCCUAAGGAGUCAGUCGAUCCGGAUGCGCCGAUUCCGCAAGGUGGUCCAAGUUUCUCAGUUGACAACUCUCUUUGA